AUGGACCUUCCGCGCAUCGUCGCCGGCAACAUCGACGGCCGCGCAGCAAACACGCGGUAUCGUCAAUCACAGUUCCAUCGUCUACAAUCUACAUUGGUUGAAAAUAUCGCUGAGAUCCAAGAUGCUAUUCGCCUGAGACUCGGGUCAUACGCGCCAGGAGAGGUCGUCCUGGCCUUGCAAGAGCUGCGGGCGCAUUAUGUCUCACUCAGUCUGAGCAAGGAUCUUGAAGCUGAAUAUCGCAUCAAGAAUGGAAAGGAUAGCGCCGAUGCCUCCCGUGGAGUGGGUAUUGUGUACAUCACCCCGACGACGCAUACACUUUUUUAUUCGGUGAUUUCGGCUUUGACAGCCGCGCUGGCGGCCGGAAAUUGUAUCGUACUGGAGUUACCGCAAACUACAAUGACUCUUCCUGGUCUUUUACGAAAGCUCCUUCCAGAUGCGCUUGAUCACGACACCUUUACAAUUGUCUCGCAGAGACCGGAUUCGUCAUUCGUGAACAAAGCCUUGCUUGUUGCACAGAUCCCAUCCGAUGCGCCGAAUGGGAUGAUUUCCCCCGCAUUAUCCAGAACGGUGGCUGUUGUUGACCGCACUGCCAAAAUCAACGAAGCUGCCGAAGCAUUGGUGGCUGCGCGGUUUGCAUUCGGUGGACGUUCGGCGUACGCUCCGGAUGUGGUUCUUGUGAACGAGUUUGCCAUGAAGCCAUUCGUCGAGGCUGUCAUCCAACAUGCCUCCCGCUACCUUGCAGGUGAAAACGGCGAGGCUAGACAGCAGCAAUCACCACCGCGACGAUCGGGGCUCUUAGACUCUAUUCACAAAGAGCGCACUGCACGGAUUCUUGUGUCUGGUAGUAAUUGGGGCGUGGUUGAGGUUCAAGAUCGGAAAUCACCCUUGCUCAAGAAGAAGGUCGGUGAGAAAGUUUUACUGGUGCACCCUGUGACCAGUCUCGAUGAUGCCAUCGACAUCAAUGCAUCAGAAACGCUCGCAGCAACCUAUGCCUUCGCAGCCCCAGCUUCAGCAAAAUAUCUUACACAAUUUAUUGAUGCUGAUAUCUCUUGGGUCAAUCACGUUCCCAGCCACAUGCUAAUCGGCCCUGCCCUCCCACGCGGCACACCCUACAGUCCCCAAACACGCUAUUCACCGACCUCCUUCCAAAAACCACGCCCACAACUAAUAAACGCUCCAGUCAGCGCAUACACCACCAGAACGAUUCUAGAAAACAAUGCCACGCUCAAAUCAGAUGCCCUUUGGCGCGAAGCUAUUUCCCCACUUCCUUCGACGAAGCAAAGGGCCGGUUUCAAGAUUGGCUAUUUUGAGCAGGGUAUCAUUACUGGAGUAUCGCUCACAUUCAUGUCGCUCAUUGGUGUGGUUGGGACUUUGGGAUAUUAUACUUGGGUUUAUGUGCGGACGAGGGGAUGA